UUUGCUGUCGGCAACAGAUAGGCCUACAUUUCUUGUGUCUGUAACAAAUAUAUUUUUUUGUCUGCAACAGUUCACUGACUAUACAACCAUGCAAGAUUGGAUUAGGCUAAAUAAGGACGAGUUUCAAAUCAAAGUAAAACGGUGCCGUGAGGACACCUGUCAAACCUGUCGUCAGGUGCCUCACCUGUCUGAAGACCCGGAUGCUGCCACUGCAUGCCAACUGGAGAGUGUCGUCUUCAUCUUGUAUUGUGAAAAAUGCAACAAAAUGUACAUUGGGCAAACUAUUGAACAAUUUAGAAAAUAUUUCUCCAACAUAAAAUCAGAAUUAAGAGCUAAAGACGACAGAAAACGUAAACUUAUUUCACAUUUUAAUGGACCAGAUAAAAAGCAGAGAAAAGUAAGUGAUUUUUUCCUAACUCUUUCGGGGAAUCACCUGAAAAAAACCUACUGCACCUGGGAAGAUUUAAAAUGUUUAUUUUUAAAUCAAGAAGAUAACACAGACGUUAGAAACAAUGAAAAACACCGGCUGAUCACAAAAUUUAACACAGUUAAUCAAGGGUUGAAUACGGUAAAAAAUGUUGAUCGUUCAGAGAAGCAAGUCGCGUCAAGUCUUCAAGACAGCUCGACUCAAUGUAAACUGGGCGACGUUAUGCCAAGUUCGAUAACUCCGGCCUAUUCUGUUGCUGGUGAAACUGUCCAUGAGACAGAAAACAACGGCUUGGGAUCUACGUGUGAGAUGUCUCCCCCCUCGUCCCCUAGACCGUGCUGUUCACUCACUGGUGAAACUAAUGUGGACGAUUCAGGUGUUGUGAUCGAUGCUGGAUCGAUGAUUGAUUAAAAAUUUGAUUGGAAAAAAAUCAUAAAAGAUCCCCCCCCCCCACGACCAAAAUAAAAGAAGAUUUCAAAUAACUUGAAAUAUUUUCUAAUUGAACUUAUUGUUUUUAAAUUGAGUCGAGUUUCUAGUUUUUUUUGUUGCCCUUUUCACACAAGAACAACUCGAUUUGUCAAUAAAAUUUUCAAAUACGAAAACUUUCAUUAUUUUAUGUCUUGCCCACACAAAUA